UCAAAAUCACGGAACUAGAAACUCCAAACUUCCAUGUCCGGCUUCUAGUUACCAAAUUUCCCCACAAAAACACAGAAAGUAGGGAGCAACGCCAUGGCCUUCUCAGCCAACCCUCUCUCUCUCAGCGUCCCUGAAGCCGCAUUCGAGACAUGGCUCCAAGAGACCGGAUACCUGGAAACCCUAGACACUCGCAACAUCCCACCAUGUGUGGACCGCUGCACAACAAGCACAGGAGGGGCCACAUCUUUUUUCUCUCUCUUUGCUUUCAACCCUUUCUCAAAGCUCACUGUGGAGGAUUUAAAGCGCCAACCUGCUUCAUGGACGGGAGAAUUCUUUGACUGUGGUCUUGGUCCAUCGCGUACUUACUCUUUACCUUCUUCAGUUUCACAGGCGCGGCUGAGAAUUCAGGAGAACAUCAGGAGAUACCCUCGCAAUUAUGCUUAUCUCUCUCUACUCAUCUUGUGUUGUUUCCUGUACAAGAUCCCCAUUGCUCUAUUUGGUUUGGUUUCCACUGUAGCACUAUGGGAGGUCUUAAGGAUAUGUAGCAACAGGUGGCAGCUUGAGAAAUAUCCUGUUAUUCUACAUGUUAUGGUUCUGCUGAUGCAACUGUUAACAGCAUUAAUACUGAUUUACUGCAAAGUUGUUAUUACUCUGUGCUGGGGCGUCUUUGUCAGUUUUGGAGUGAUGAUUUUGCAUAGUUCGCUUCGGAGGUUGACACCUUCAACACAACAAGCAGAUAAGAAAUCAAAGAAAGCCUAGUGCCAGAGACAUGUAUGUAUAUAAGUUGAGAAGACAGCUUAGCUAUUCAAAGAAGAAAUACAAUUUCCCAGUUAUGGCCAAAGGGGACUCCUGCAUGUUAUCAUGCUGUAAAAAAAUGGUCACUAUUCUCAGAUAUGAAGCAGGUAAGCAGGUUAGUGAUACUUCACAUUGUAGCUUUGUUGUAGAUCUUUACUGAAGAAAUUUUGUUUACUCUC